CUGCAGGCUGCAGCCGAAGACUCUCUCUCUCUCUCUCCCCCAAUUUGUAGGGUUUCUCGUGCAUCGGAACGUAUAAAUACCAUUCACAGAUUUCAGGUUUCUAGGGUUUCUGAAAGAACCCCCCUUUUCUCUCUCUUCUGCUUUUCUUCCAUUCUUUUCAUUUUCAGCUGUUGCUGCUGCCAUGGCCGACGACUCUUCAAAGGAAGAGCUUUUCCAGCUCCUCAAGCGCUUCGGAGCUUAUCUCACCGUCAAGAUCUCAAAUCUCGCUCCUUUCAAUUACCAGACUUCUCGUUCUAUUUGGGCGCUGGUUGGUCUUGUCACUGCAAUAUUAUUUACCUGGAAAAUCCUGAGAACUCCCACUGGGCAUCAGAGGAGACAACACAAACGGCGUUCGGCCACACCAGGUGUUUCUGGUGCCCAUCCGCAAUCAAAUACAGUUAUAUCCUCAUCUGGAGCUUUCUCAUCUUCAGAGGAUUCGAGAGCACAAGAUGUAAUUGAUGAGUUCUUCCAGCCUGUAAAGCCAACUCUAGGGCAAAUAGUAAGGCAACGAUUAAGUGAUGGAAGGAAGGUGACAUGCCAGUUGCUUGGUGUAAUCCUUGAGGAGAGUAGUCCGGAGGAGCUCCAGACACAUGCAACUGUGAAGUCCUCUGUGCUGGAAGUACUGCUGGAGAUCACAAAAUUCUCUGAUCUUUAUCUCAUGGAAAGAAUUCUCGAUGAUGAAAGUGAGGAAAAGGUUCUUUCAGCUCUGGAUAAUGCUGGGGUGUUUACAUCUGGUGGUUUGGUUAAAGAUAAGGUUCUCUUUUGUAGCACAGAAAAUGGGCGAUCAUCUUUUGUUCGGCAACUGGAACCAGAUUGGCAUAUCGAUACUAAUCCUGAUGUCAUCUUUCAAUUAGCUCGGUUCAUCAAAUAUCAACUCCACAUUUCACCAAACAGACCGGAACGCGUAGCUUCUAAUGUCUUCAUCUCGACAAGCUUGGAACAGUUCUUUGGAUGCCCAGAUCGAAAUUAAUUUGUGGUUUGUGCAGAUAAAGAGGCCCACCAAAUAUUCAAUCAACUCUCCGGAGAGGGUGCUUUAUUGGGAGCUUCUUUCUAUAUCUAGACUGUCCAAAUAGAUUACUUUAAUUUUAAUUUUUAUUUUUAUAGUCUUAAGAUGUAUCUGCUCUCAGUAUGGAUGGUUUAGUGUUGGUAUUUUGCCCCCUGUUGUGGAUGCAAGAAGACUGGGAUGUUGAGCAGUUGAGGUCUCUAGUUUAGUGGGCCUGUAUUCAAAUGCACUGCAAGGAUGAUGAUGAAUGGCUGAGAACAAUGCCCCCACAUGCCUUCAGUUCAUGUAUGACGCUGCAACCUUUCAGAUUGCUGGUGUAAUGAUUGAUAGAAUUCUAAAUUUUUAAUAUACAGAAAUGCAAGAUUUUCAUUGUUU